CCACUACGGGCUCACCAUAGCCCGUGCUACUUGGAAGGUUUAGUUCCCAGUAUCUGAAUCUUAAACAACAACGAGUGGUGUCCAGCGCUUCUCUAAGGCAGUGCUCCACGAGCCAUCGUCAUAGUAUCACUGAUUCCCAGGUGAAUAUAUAUAGUUCUCGCACUGAUUUGCGGGUCUGCGUUCAAUCCCCGAUCGUCCAGGGGGUUGGGCACCAUUCCUUCUUCCCCCUUACGUCCCUGUUGUUGUUGUUGUUAUAGAUUCAGCUACUCGGAACACGUUCCAAGCAGCACGGGCUAUGGCGAGCCCGUAACUUACCUGGCACAGGAGCGGGGCAAGUAGCACGGGCUAUGGUGAGCCCGUAUACGUCCACUUCACCUCAUUACAAAUGCGAAGUCACAAGGUCGGAUCUCUCAGAACUUCACAAGACUCCAGGACUCGCUAGACGAUUGCUGAAGAUUAAGCCACCCAAGAGGCGGCACGGGCAUGAAUAGCCCGUAAGACUCGCUAGACCAUCCACCUGGCCAUGCUAGCUCAUCCAUCUGGUCACCCUAGGUCAUCCAGCUGGUCUUCAUAGCUCACCCACCUGGCCACACGUCCCCUCGACCAGCUGGCCUCAUAGGUGGCCUGACAUCUGCUGGCCAGUCAUGCAGGCUCCUGUGGUGGUAGUGGUGGUGGUGGUGGCGCUGCUGGACCUCGGGUCUUCAGGGGCGUCUCAGGAUACCUACACGACCUCCCACCCCGAAGGAGAACCCGGACGUAGGUUAUGCGGCUGGAGACUGGCCAACAAGCUGAAUAGGGUGUGCAAAGGUGUCUACAACAAUCCCCGAUCUACCAAUAACUAUCUCUACUACAGAGGCAGGCGAGUUGAUGAGAGACGGACGCCAGAGCAGCCGGCCAACGAGCUGUUGGAUGUGUUGCCGGAUGAGUUGGUGGAUAUGAGGGGUCCACGUCUUCGCCUCCCCCAGCCUACAGUCCCGGGCCCUCCCUACGUCUCUAGGGGCCCUGCCUACGUCUCCAGGGACCCUGCCUACGUCUCUAGGGGCCCUCCUUACGUCUCCAGGGGCCCUCAUCCUCCUCCUCCGCCAGGUGAGCAGGACUCAGGGGCCCAGCGAGCUUUCUUGACGCUGAAGGAGGCGGCCCAAAUGCUUAAGACUCAGCCCCGCCACAAGAGGGGACUAUCGGCCGAGUGUUGUCAAAAGGUGUGUACGGUGUCAGAGCUGGUCGGCUACUGCUACUGACAUCACCUUCCGCCUUCUGACAUCACCUUCUGUGUUUAUAUACUUCAAUCACUGCAUAAUAUGUUUAGCAGAUCUGUUUAACCUUGUCCCCCCUGAGGACAGAAGAAAAUGUGUACCAUGCUGGUUAGCACUGUAAAUAUGUGGCCACGUCUGGGGUAGAAAAAUAAUAAUGAUGGGAAUUCUACAUUAUAUUGUCCGUAGCGUGAACUGUGGUCAGCAUUAUAUCAUCAGCAACACCCUUGAGUACUCUUGCACUCAGCACCUGCUGCCAAGGUGCCAUUAGUUGCACUCAGCACCUGCUGCCAAGGUGCCAUUACUAGGCAUCCAUCGGUCUCAGGAGACUAUGGAGUUGCGCUCUGGUGUCGGCCUGGUCUGGAGUGGUCUCACCAGGGCGCAAAGCCAGGGUAGGUUGAUUCGGGGGAGAAGCUGUUACCCAUGCAGCAGGUCCCCCCCCCCU